AUGCGCUUAGCCAAAAAUCUCCUGGUAAAUCCCGAGCCUUCAGACAUACAAAUAGAAAGGGAGAUUGCAGCCUCCCCGGCUUCCUCAAUUUUUGAGAUAAAAGUGGACGGUCAAACGUACGCUAUGAAGCUGUAUCACGAUAACGGGGACCCCGGAUGUACGAAGAAGGGCCGAGACUUAGAUCGAUAUCGCUGUGAGCUGAAAGCUUACCAGAAUCUACUCCAAUAUGGCGUAUGUGACAGCGGCUUUGUUCCACAUUUCUAUGGUCAUAUCGAUCGGCUCGACCCAGCUGCAUUUCGGCCAUUCCUGCGGGAUUUCGUUCAUGAUGCAUUGCACCCGAGAGCAAUUAUUCUCGAGUACCUUCCCGCCGCCGAAAGCCUAAACUGUGUCAAUUACUCGGAGGCCCUCUAUAACAUGGCCAUCGAAGGUAUGAAGCAGAUACAUCAUGCUCAUGUUCACCACAGGGAUAUCUAUCCCAGGAAUAUCCUUCUAGUGACGCGAGGGAGUGACAAGAGACUGGUGUGGGUGGACUUCGAUGUUGCAACGACAUUCCACAGCGUGGGACCUGAAGAGGAAAAGUACAGUGGAUAUGAAGAUGACCUUGUUGCCAGCUUCGGCGACGCCUUGCGGGAGGACCAAAGACAAGGUCUUCCUCCCAAUACAAAAUUCUAUUGA